AUGGCGUCUAGCAAUCCACAACUCACAAAAUGGACAAACACAAACAUUGAACAGCAGAGUCACAAACAAGACCAAAAUCUAGAAACAUUUGCUCUCUUAUGGCUCGAUCAGAAUGUGAAUGAAAGCAAAGAGAACUUAGAAACACAAAUACAAUUGCGGAGAACAAUCAACUGUUUAAUGACGUUUGAAAGUAGCAAUGAAUGUGAAGAACAUGUUGGACAGAGCAAAGAUGAAAAGAUUGUUCUAAUUGUUUCUGGUCGAUUAGGCAGAGAGAUUGUCCCUAGAGUUCACGAUUUACACCAGUUAAGUGCCAUUUACGUUUACUGUAUGGACAAAAGAACGAAUGAAAUAUGGGCAAAACCUUAUAAAAAGCUCAUAAAAGAAUCGUCCAACACAAAUAUUCGUCGAUUAUACCGAGGUCAAGUGAUAUCAAAAGAUGAACUUGAUCGCAUUCGCUCAAGUAUUGGUGAAUUCAUCUCGAUCACCUCCUUUCUAUCCACAACUCGUAGCCAGAUGAAGGCACUUCGAUUUGCUCAAAGUGCUCAGUGUGAAGAUCUUGAAUGUGUUCUCUUCACAAUUAAAGUCAAGAGUCGAAUAAAAGCAAAACCGUUUGCCGAUAUUUCCCGGUUGAGUUAUUUCCCUGGUGAAGAAGAAAUCUUGCUUAUGCUCGGUUCGAUCUUUCGACUUGAAAGUGUCCACUACGACAAAGAACAGCAGAUCUGGAUGGCUGAUUUAGAUUUAUGCAACGAAGAUGACCAUGAUUUGAAACAAGUGUUUGGGUAUAUGAAGAAAGAAAUGGAGAGUGAAACUACUCUCAUUUCACUUGGAAAUUUGUUCCGUCAGAUGGGUGAAUUGGACAAGGCCGAAAAAUAUUAUAAACGAUUGUUAAAUGAGCUGGUAGUGGAUGAUUCUGGUAUUGCUUCGUGUUAUAUAGGACUGGGUAAUGUACACGGGGACAAAGGUGAAUAUGAUUUAGCUUUGAUGAAUUAUGAAAAAGCAUUGAAAAUCAAACUAAAAGCUCUUCCACCCGAUCACCCUUCACUCGCCUUAACAUAUGGUAAUAUGGGUAUUGUACUCCAGGAGAAAGGUGAAUAUGAUUUAGCUUUGAUGAAUUAUGACAAAGCAUUGAAAAUCCAAUUAAAAGCUCUUCCACCCGAUCACCCUGAUAUCGCCUCAACAUAUGGUAAUAUGGGUAUUGUACAUAAGAACAAAGGUGAAUAUGAUUUAGCUUUGAUGAAUUAUGACAAAGCAUUGAAAAUCCAAUUAAAAGCUCUUCCACCCGAUCACCCUGAUAUCGCCUUAACAUAUGGUAAUAUGGGUAUUGUACUCCAGGAGAAAGGUGAAUAUGAUUUAGCUUUGAUGAAUUAUGACAAAGCAUUGAAAAUCCAAUUAAAAGCUCUUCCACCCGAUCACCCUGAUAUCGCCUUAACAUAUAACAAUAUGGGUAAUGUACACCAGAAGAAAGGUGAAUAUGAUUUAGCUUGA